UGUCAUUGUUUUAUAUGUUGAUAAUUUGUAUAAUAAAAGUUAGUCUAAAAACUAAUUACUUUUUAUGGAAGAUAGCAACUCUUAUGUUCGAUCGAGAGGUGGCAUUGCUUCACAAUACAGGGGAGUAAGGAAAAGGAAAUGGGGUAAGUGGGUGACAGAGAUACGCGAGCCAGGGAAGAAGACGAGGAUAUGGUUGGGGAGUUUCGACACCCAAGAGAUGGCAGCCAUUGCAUACGACGUAGCUGCAUUUCAUCUCAGAGGGCGUGGUGCUGUCCUCAACUUUCCAGAGCUGGCAGAUGAGUUACCUUGUCCUGCCAGCUCUAGAGCAGAGGAUAUUCGCAGGGCGGCUCAGGAUGCAGCCGCCCUGCAAGCAAGGGGUUGUAUAAACCGCUAUAACAUGCAGGCUGCACAGGCGACUGCCCAACCCUCGUAUGCCUCCUCCUCGUCCCCAAUGAGGGUUGGGUUGUCGCCUAUGCAAAUUCAAGCUAUCAACGAGUCUCCCUUGGAGUCACCACAAAUGUGGUCUACCAUGACAGACACUCAAAUGAUCGAUGACUCUUUCUUCUAUAACAAUGAUUUUGAAGCGGUUCGAGGUUGGGAAGAUGAAGUUCCGGACGACUCACUAUGGGAUUAACUAAUUCUUACGUCGUGCAUACACCAAGCAAAAGAUAUAUGGUUGAGGUGGAAAUUGCAAAUUUUUGUGCUAUCCACCGAUUUCAAUAUAACAAUUACUAGUACUAUUUUUAAUUCGAUUUUUGUUCAUUCAAUUGAUGUUUGGUUAUCGCUAAUUUAUACAUUGGUUUGUACUGAUCAAAUGAUUGCUUAUUUUCAUGCAACGCUCGAUUUGCUGUUGCAUGAAGUCAUGAACUAACCAGAAGAUGUUUUCUGGUUGAUAUCAUAUUAUAUUC